AUGACGACUUCCGUUUCUAGCAAAUUCUCGGCUCGCCGAGACAACGCUCGCGCAGGGCCGUCGGGCAGAGACUUCGAGAAGCAACGUGUGUGCGACCACACCGGCGACCGGCGACGGCGGACGAGCGCUCUGUCCGUUUGAUUUAUUUGAGCAAUGGCCAAGUGGGGCGAAGGAGACCCUCGCUGGAUCGUGGAAGAGCGAGCAGACGCCACGAAUGUCAACAACUGGCACUGGACGGAACGAGACGCCACGAGCUGGUCGUCGGACAAGUUAAAAAGUCUUCUGCUGGGCCUGCGGGUGGAGAACGACGAGGGGAGCUGCGAGGUGACCGAGGUGAGCAAGGUGGAGGGCGAAGCGUCCAUCAACAACCGCAAAGGGAAACUCAUCUUCUUCUACGAGUGGAACCUUAAAGCAACCUGGACAGGAAUGUCAAAAGCAGGAAUCAAAUACCAAGGAUCCGUGGAGAUUCCUAAUCUGUCUGACGAGAACGAUAUGGACGAUCUGGAUAUUAGCGUCUCGCUGAACAAAGACGAACCAGAGACGCCGCUGGUCCACCUGAUGAAGUCUAAAGGAGCUGAGAACAUCCGCGAGGCGCUGGGAAACUACGUGGGUUUCUUGAAAUCAGAGUUCACUCAGGGGAUGAUCCUGCCGACGGUCAACGGUGUGGUGCAGCUGCAGUCCUCUCAGUCCAAAGCAAAGACGGACAAAACUCGGAUUUCGUCGUCGUCGUCGUCGAGCAGCGCGGCGGCGGUCAACACGGGCGUGAAGAUUCCCACGUGCAAGUUCACCAUGACUGAAAUGUUCCUCACCAGCCCGGCAGACCUCUACAAAGUCUUCGUCAACCAGGAGAUGACGCAGGCCUUCACGCACGCGCCGGCCACGGUGGCCGGAGAGAAGGGGGGGAUGUUUCGUCUGCUGGGCGGAAACGUUCUUGGCCAAUUCACGGAGCUGGUGCGAGAUCAGAAGAUUGUGAUGAAGUGGAGGUACAACAACUGGCCCUGUGAGCACUACGCGACGGUGACGCUGACGUUCGUGGACCGCAGCAGCGAGACAGAACUGCGCGUGGACUGUCGCGGCGUUCCCGACGACGACGAGGACUGGACCAAGGACGGCUGGCGCAGGUUUUACUUCGAGGCCAUCAAACAGACUUUCGGCUUCGGCGCGCGACUCUUCUGAGACCUCCUUUUUGUUUGUUGCUUUGCUUUUUGACUCAUCAUCAUCACCACCACCACCAUCGAUGACAUUCAGCGAGGACUGUUUGUUUGUGUCGUUCUCUUCCUUUAGUUUCGUCCCUCUUGAGUAUUUGUUGUUCAGAGGAACCUCACAAGAAGCACUCGGCCAAAUUGGCCUCCACUAGUGCAGCGCCGGUGCACGUUCAUCCUCGAAGCCUCGAGCGCGGCCAGUUCUGUAACGUCCCGGCAUUCGUGAAGGCGUCGCGCGGGAAGCCAGCGCUGGCGAGCGGAAACGUUGCCAUCGCACAGAACGGUUCCACCGCGGGGUUGAUCUAUUUAUACCUUUUCAUGCCGACGACGUGGUGCCAAUAAACCAAUCACUGCGUA